CGCCGCGCGUCGCGCGCUGACGUCAUCCUGAAUACCAGAAGUGGAGGAGUGGACUUCAUUUUGCUGCGUUCCCAAGGAAGCCGCUUUUGGCGUCUCGCUUGACCCGAGGACGCAUCCCGUCAAAGGUUAAGGAAAGGUCAGGAGCUUCGACCUCGCAGCCGGCCGCCGGUCAGCAUGGACGUCAGCUAACGGUUCGGAGCGACCGGGACGCCCUGUGUCGCGUCGCCGGGCGCUGCUGCUGCUUCUCUGGACCGAGCCGAACUGAGUGCCUCCCUCCCUCCGUCCCUGCCGCAGUGGCGGACGAGCGAGAGGAGAAGAAAGGAGACGAGAGGACGAUGUGGCGCAGAAGCUCCAUCCGGAACCUGCCGAGGCCCCCCGCUCAUGUCUGCUAAAAGCCGCUGUAUGUGUGUUUGGCAUGAUGGUAACGCGCGCAGGAUGGAUGCAUGCACGAAGACGAGCGGCGAGCGGUCAGGCGCGGCGCCGCCGUGCUCUCGGACCAACGGCUGGAGCUGGCCUCCUCAUCCCUUGCAGAUGCUGGCCUGGCUCCUCUACGCCUACUUCGCCGUCGUUGGCCUGGGAGUCUUUGUGCCGCUGCUGCCCGCGCACUGGAUGCCCGCCGGGUAUAUCGUAUCCUUGAGAGCGUGUGCGCGCGCGUCCGUCCACCGAUGGUGCGUGAAGCUUCCCGAUGCGCGUGUCAGUGCACCGGCGUGAUUUUGGCGUGCCACCUGUGCGCUCACGUCACGGCGGUGAGCGUGGACCCGGCCGACCGCAACGUCAGAGCCAAGAGCCUCCGAGGGCCGCUUCCCGUCUUCGACCGGUCCGAGCGCGCCCACGUCAUCGAGAACUGCCACUGCUACCUGUGCCAGGUGGACGUGGGGCCCAAGUCGAAGCACUGCAGUGCGUGUAACAAAUGCGUAGCCAACUUCGAUCAUCACUGUCGAUGGCUCAACAACUGUGUGGGAAGCAGGAACUACAACUUGUUCCUGUACAGCGUGGCGUCGGCCGUGUUGGGCGCGUGCGUCCUCCUGGUGGUUUCGUCGUACGUGCUGAUCGAGUUCUUCUUAGAGCCCGACAACCUCCGCGCCGACCAACAUUUCUGGGCGCUUAACGAGACGGCGUCGCGGUUCCCGUUCGUGCCGGCGGGGCCGCUGCGAGCGCCGACCGCCGCGAUCCCUGCGCUGGCCGCCGUCACCGUCGCCAUGGCGCUGCUCGCCUGUGUGCUGCUCUGCCACCUGCUGGCCUUCCACUUCUACCUCAUGUGGAACAGGUUGAGCACGUACGAGUACAUCGUGCGCCAGCGCCACCGUCAGGACGGAAGACGAACAAGCACCUCGGAGGACCUCCGGCCCGCCGCCGAUCCGUCCGUCCGCUCGAAGGAUGGGGACAACUCGGAAACUCUGGGCUAUACCAACUCUCCGCUGGACGGGGGGACCGCACAAAGGUCAAAGGGCAAUGGCAGCGUGAGGGGUGUGGCCAGUCCCCUUCUGGAGCUAGAAGCCCCGCCCACUAUCUCCACAGAGCACAGCACAGUACAGCACACAUACACAAAGAAGAAGACCACAAAGAAGAAGAGGAUCCCACUUCCUGGUGCGAUUGGGGCAGAAGGUUGGGCCCCGCCCCCUGCGCCGUCUUCGUCGGAGCGGGUCGGCGCGUCGCCUCUGGGCCGGCCCCCUCCGAAACGCCCUGGCCUCCCGCCGGCGCCCUCACCUCCCGUCCGGGCCGCCGCGCCUCCCGCCGAGUACCACUCGGACUCGGCCGAGUCCCUGGAGGAGGUCCCUGUGGCGCUGGACAAACUGGGCUCGUCGUCCCCGCCGCCGCCCCUCCCGCUCGAGACUCACGGGAAGUACGCCGCACGGCUCGGCCCGCCCGCCAUUUUCGUGAGCGGCGGCGAGGUGGCGGCGGCGGCCACUUCUUGUCCUUCUCCAGCCGUCGCUUGGUGGUGAGGAGAAUUUGACUUCCUGGUUGUCCCGUUGUCGUGGCAACAGCACCCUCACGCUGCCUUCGCUUUUGGUUCCAUGCGCACCCGGGAGCGAAAAAGGAAUUGAACAGAUAAAUUGAUCACUUUGAACAAUCUGUCUUCUGGCGAGUUUGGCUUCAAACCGUCAUGUCACCCACCGCUUGUGACGUCGUACAGGGGAGCCAGAUAUUUGCUCGCGUGACGUUUCCAUCUUUCCACAUUUAUAUUCCUACCUCCGUGAACAUAUUUUUUGACAGAUUCAUACCAUCCCAAGCUCCAACUAUUUUUCACGUUUCAAAAUUUUUUUGCACGUACAAAUUCCCACUUUAAAAUAAUAAUAAUGGUCCAUUAUUCCCUCCUCUUUUAACAGACUGUAUGUUAACCGAUUCAAAGCAUUCCAACCCCCGAAUAAUUUCCACAUUCCCCAAAUUUGACAUUUUUCCCACAUUUGUGCCCAUCUUCAGUGUUCCGUCGUGGCAUUUCCACAUUUGUGUCGCGACCCCAACUUGAGCAACGUUCCACUCUUUGGGUCCACCUUGUCAACUGUCCCCAUUUCCAAAAUUGCUCCAAUUCUGACUUUUCGGACUUUCCACAUUUCUUGACCGAUUCGGGCUUGAAACCGUUCCGCUCAUAUCGUUCCACGUUUCCAUAUGAUUCCAUUCAACAUUUCUUCAGAAAUGAAGUGUCUGGUUCUGUUGUUUCUUAUUUUAUGACAGGUUGUUUGACUGUUUGCCUUGUUUUUGUUUUUUUUCCCCACAAUAAACUUGACUUUAGGAACUCA